AUGGCCAACAUGCGUAUUCUCGCCCGUGACGACUCAGAGGGAUCCUUCACCCCCAAAACCAUCGACCUGUUGAUCUCGCUCUUGGUUUUGAUCUUACUCGCAAUUGUGCUGUCCGGCAGUCUGCUGCUACUCCGCCAGCGCCGUCGCAAACUCGAGCAACAGUCUCAACUACCACUAUAUAAGAGCCAAGCUCACCAGCGCCGCCUCACAAUCACGCAAAAUAGCCGAACCGGAUCCAUUCACGUCUAUAAUGAGAAGCGAGACCUGACGCAGAGCUCCUUGAGCCCACCACAAAGCCCCGUUCCCGAGAUCCGCAUCACGUUCCCCGAGGAGCAGGAUGAGCAGACUGGCAAGCCCAAGGCCGGUCGCGUUGUGGUCGUUCACAUCGGCGAGAACGGUGGUGUUGGGCUGUCGCCUGCCCACGACGAACUUCCUCCUUACCAAACAAACGAAUCGGGUCGUUUCCAAUCCCUCGACCUGGAACGCAUGGGUGGGUUGAAGGAAAAGGAAGAGAGAUGGUCAUAA